AAGCUAGCUAUCUUUCCCUCGCCUCCCCUCCACUGCUUCUCCCCCUCGACGGAGGACGGACAAUCACAGAAAACGAAACGCAGGCAUCCAUGGAGGUGGUGGGAGGGGUAUCGCUGAGGCCGGCGCGGCUCCGGCACCUGACGCCCGGGGAGGCCAGCGCGGGCUCCUUCCUGCCGCGGAGGCUGCAGCUGGCACGGACCGCCGCGAGGCCAGCGAGGCGCGCGCUGGUGGUGGAGGCCCGCGGGGGCAGGGGCUGGUCGGACCGGCAGUCCCAGCAGCAGCGGCGCAUGCCGCAGCUCCCCAAGAUCGAGGACGACGGCAACCCCCGCUUCGUCAUCUUCAUCCGCACCGCCAAUGUAUAUUCUUCCUCGAUUCCCUCUGAUCGUAUGAACGGAGGGAGUAUAUUCCUUGUUGAUGAGUCAAGAAAGCCACCCCGUGUUCCCCGCAUGCAGGUGUACUUCUGGUACCCGCUCAACAUCGUCACCGGCGGCACCACCGCCAAGAUCAUGCUCGCCGCCAAGGACAACUUCCUCGGCAAGUACAUCUACAAGGACACGCUCGCCCGGAACCUCGCCACCGUCAUUUACAAAGACGAGGACGACAUAAUCGACUUGGCGAAAGAGCAGUUCCGCGUGCUCAAGGGCGAAACCGAGUUCCGGUACGGCUACAAGAUCGUGGAGAAGGGGAACCUGAGGUCUGCACUGGCGACAAGCAACGUGCUCGAGCUCCCAAAGAAAGAAGAGCUCAAAAGUGUGGUUGACAAGGUGAGGGACUUCUUUGGUGAGGUAACCUCCGGUGCCAAAGAAUCCUUUGCGCAGAUAACAGGAUCUGCCAGCGCAGCGGAGGCCGAAGCAGAAGCAAAAGCAGAAGACAAGAGGCCCCGCUCCAAGAGACGAGGAAGCAAGAGGAAAGGGAAGCAGCAGAAGCCCAAGCAAGGGUUCAAGCCCGAGAGCUGAUUGGAAGCGUGGAUCUCAAUGGACCGCCGGCUGUAGUUUUCCCAGAGCUGCUCUGUAGCACACCUGAGGCUUUUGAGUUUUGCAGCACACAAUGUGUAACCUCCCUGUGGGUAACAACAAACUUUGUUCAUUUCUCACAGAAUAUAUAUGAUGUUAGGCAGCCCCGCGAAAUCUUAGAAAUGAGCCAAUUGAUGUACUUACAGAACGGCGAAGAUCACAGCUGUAUAUUGAAUUUGAAUUCUUUGCAAGAGUUAACAGUUGUUGUAUA